AUGUCCUGUGACCCAGCCUCUGAUUUCUUUGAAGGGAACCUUCCCGAGCCCACAUUCAGGGCUGAGCCUGGCUCUGUGGUCACCAAAGGGAUACAGGUGACCAUCUUAUGUGAGGGGACCUCGGGGGCCCUAGAGUACCGUCUCCUUAAAGAGGGAGAAUCAGAUACCUGGAACACACAGACCCCACUGGAGCCUGGAAACAAGGCUGAGUUCUCCACCCCACACAACGAAUGGAGUCAUGCGGGCGAUACCAUUGUGACUAUCAGACUCCCGCUGCCUAGGUUCUACUACAGCAAACCCAGCCUCUCAGUCCAGCACAGCCCUGUGGUAGCUUUGGGAGGGAACAUCGCCCUCCACUGUGUCUCAAGACAGCGAUAUGACAGAUUCGUGCUGCAGAAGGAAGGACCACAGGAGCUCUCCUGGACCCUGAACCCAAGUUCUACAUCCAGUGGGGAGUACCAGGCCCUGUUCUCUGUGGGCCCUGUGGCCCCCAGCCACAAGUGGAGGCUCAGAUGCUACGGCUAUAACCUGAGGAGCCCACAGCUGUGGUCAGAACCCAGUGACCCCCUGGAGCUCCUGAUCUCAGGCCAGUCAAAGAAGCCCUCCCUGCUGAUCCAUCCAGGACCUAUCCUGGCCCCUGGACAGUUCCUGACCCUCCAGUAUUGCUCUGACAUCAGCUACAAUAGAUUUGCUCUUUUGAAAGAGAAGGAAACUGACCUCCUCCAGAAGUCCCGCCAACACCCACAGGCUGGUCUUUUUCUCGCUGACUUCCUACUGGGCCCUGUGAAGGGCACCACUGGAGGACGGUACAAGUGUUAUGGUGCACAAGGCUUCUCCCCUGAGUGGUCAACCCCCAGUGAGCCUAUGGACAUCCUGAUUGCAGGACAGCUCCCUUUCACACCCUCCCUCUCAGUGCAAACAGGCCCCACAGUGUCCUCAGGAGAGAACGUGACCCUGGUGUGUCAGUCACAGAGCCAGGUGGACUCUUUCUUUCUGACCAAGGAGGGAGCAGCCCAUCCACCCCUGCAUCUAAACUCAGUGUUACAAGCUGGGCAGUUCCAGGCAGAAUUCUCCAUGAGCACUGUGACCUUGGCCUUCGGAGGGACCUACAGGUGCUAUGGUUCUCGAAGCUCGUCCCCCUACCUGUUGUCAUACCCCAGUGACCCUGUGAAGUUUGCAACUUCAGGAUCCUCUGGGAACAGCAGCACGUAACUCACAGGACCCAUCCCAACAGCUGGACUGGAAAGGCAACAGCACAACCACAGGAAAGAGGUCCAGAGAAGAACCAACCUGCAACUUUCUACAGAGGCUGCAGAGCCACUACCCAAGGGCAGAGGUCCGCAGGAGAGGUGACUCAU